AUGGCUGAAAGGCUUCUGAAGCACAGAUUUCAAAACAUUUUUCCUCGAUCUUCUCCUUCUGAUUUCCUCUGGGAAAAAAUGUAUGGGCUCUUCUUUGUCCUGGUGAUGUGCACAGUGGAUGCCUCUGCUUUCAGACUCCAGCAACUCAAAAGCACAGAAAACUGCCCCCAUCACACCGUGUAUUUCAAACACUACUAUGAACUGCAUGGAGAACCUGUGGUUCUGAAAUGCCCUUCCCCCAGAUACAAACAUUGGGAUUUUUCUGCCUUGACCCCUAAUAUCACAUGGUAUAAAAAUGGUUCAAAAACCAUGAUAUCAGGAAGAGAUGAAGAUCCAAGAAUAUGGGCAGAAGGAGACGCACUCUGGUUUUUACCAGCAACGUUAGAAGACUCAGGAGUAUAUAUCUGCACCAGAAGGAACUCCUCCUACUGCGCUGAGGUCUCCAUCCACCUCACUGUCGUGGAGAAAACAGCUGCUCAGGAGAUUGCCUAUCUCCAGGUCCUUUUCACUUUCACCUCUGGAAAGAUUGUUUGCCCUGAGCUAUGGGAUUUUACACCAAAUAGGACAAGCCUGGAGCUCAAAUGGUACAAGGAUUCUCUGCCUUUGGAAGCUGACAGUGGAAAAUUCAUAAUUCUGAAAGGUUCGACUGCGCUGAUCAUGAAUUCUGUGCUACCAGCAGACUCCGGUUAUUACACCUGCAAGAUGUCAUUUCCAUUUGAAGGCGUGAUGUAUGAGAUCACAAGAACAAUUCACCUCAAGACUGUUGAAAAAGAAAAGAGAAUUACUCCAAUAAUUGUGUAUCCAACACAAAAGACAACAUCAGCUGCUCUGGGCUCCAAGAUGACUCUCCCAUGCAAAGUGUUUGUUGGACUGAGUGACCAUGUCCAUACCGAUGUGGAAUGGUUAGCGAAUGACACCACCAUUGAUGUGAUUUACAAGCAAAGCAGGGUUACAGAGGGCGAGCGACAAGAAAUGGUAGAAAAUGGUGAAAACUUCAUUGAAGUGCCACUGAUUUUUGAUUCUGUUGAAGAAGUGGAUUUUUACACAGACUUUACAUGUCUGGCUCAGAACACAUAUGGAUACCAAGUACUACCAACAAGGGUCAAGCAGGAAGCUGUUGGCUUGUCCUGGUACAUUGCAAUGAUUCCUGUCACAUUGGCCUGUGUGAUCGUGGUGGGGAUAUGCAUACACAAGUGCUGGAAGCGGAGAGCUAAUAAAGGAUACACAACAGCAAAGGUUUAAAAUCUGCUUUAUUCUCCAACCACCAACAGAACAAGAAAUAAUCCUUCACAUGAGACACAGAGAGACAUUUCUGACUGCUUUCCCAGCAGAUGGAUAUGUAUCAGCUCGUUUCCUCUUCUCCAUCUUCUAUGAUCAGAUGAUUUCAAGCUUUCAUUUAAUGCUGCCUAGACAAAAAAUACCCAUACUUUGCAUGGGACACAAAUUACCAUGGAAUGUGCCCUGCGUAUUGGAAGGGUAGGGAAAGGGAGGUGCUCUUACCCUUUGUAAUUCCAGUAGUCUUAAUUUUUAAAAGAAUCUGAAAACAGAAGCUAGGAAAGCUUGCUGCAGAAGGAUAAUUCCACACUAAAGUGAAAAUGCAGUUUUCUUGUGUACCCAAACUUAUUUUAUU